AUGUCCAGCUCGACUUACGCGGUCGAGAUUUCUAAUAACUGGCGCGACGGCGCAGAAGACAGGCGGUACUGCGUCUUUCCGGAAGCUGCGAAGAUUACUGGUGCUGGGGGCCAAGCAAGCACCGUCCGUCGAACAUUCCACGCCUUUAUCGGCCGGGUUCAAUCGGAAUGGGUUGCAGUUGGCCCGGGACACUUCUAUGUGCUGCCGGGGAAGAAACUCUACGUCUCUUAUGUUCGAUCUGAGAUGGAUGUGCCGGUCAAGCUCGGCAGCGAUAUGAGGAAUGGCUCUUGCCUCGACGCAGAAAUCUCCGAGCUGAACGGCCGCAAGCUAAAGCAUCGCACAAUGGAGGCCCAAGAGGGAAGCUUUGAAAUACGGUGCACGGAAAUUAAGCCCCCUGCUACCGCUGAAGGUGUGUGGGUUGGGCUUGCGCAGACCAUCAAUAACAUCCCCGUUGCUGUCUGCGGAGUCCCGUUCGUCCCUCGCGCGACAUACACUAUCACGCCUGUCGCGGAUUCGAUUAGAGUUGCCCUAGCGCCCGAAUUCAUGAAGCUUACGCUGGCCGUGCACUGUCUGCUUCUCCACCGGCGCCUCGGAGAUCUCCUGUCGCGCAUCCUACUUGUCCUACGCCUCGGCCACGUCGAAUUCGCGGCACAAGAGCGCGGCCACCAGCCUGAUCUCGACUAG